UAGAGUCAUUUCGAUCGAACGCACAUCCAUGAGGCUCUGACUUAUGUUCACUCAGGCAGUUGUCUGUUGGAAAUUCCAGCAAAAAAUGGGAGUUGGUGACCUAGUAAAGGUGGGAGCUAAAAAUCAAAAGUCAUCUGGGAAACAAGAGAGAGUUAUAAACUAUGAUAGAAUAAGUGAACUACCAGAUCCAGUUCUUCAUCACAUCCUCUCCUUCCUACCUACCAAGAUUGCAGUAAGUACUAGCAUGUUAUCAAGGAGAUGGCGAUACUUGUGGACCUAUGUUGACAAGCUAAACUUUGAGGAUGACCUGUUUUAUUCCAUACAAAUGAAUGAAGAUCUAAUGUUUAAGUUCAUGGAUUUUGUGGAUAAUGUCCUGGUUGUUCACAAUUUGUUAAAUAUAGAGAAGCUCCGUCUUUUGGGUGGCGAUUGUGAUGCAUUUCGCAUUGAUUCGUGGAUCCGGGCUGCAAUAAAGCGUGAGAUCAAAGAGCUCGAUAUUUUCAUCUGUCCUAGGGUUCCUUUUGAGUUUCCUAGUUGCUUAUUUAAUUGUGAAUUAUUAACAGUGUUGAAACUCAAUUUGGCUUGCUCUGAUCUCAAGCUCCCAACUUCGAUUUGUCUUCCUAGCCUUAAAACCAUGCGUCUGGAUUCUGUUAUAUUUGCAGAUGAAAAUUUGACCCAUAAUUUCUUUUUUAACUGUCCAACCUUGGAAAAUUUGAUCAUGAAAAAAUGUGGAUUGCGGGAUGUUAAGGUCCUUCACAUUUCUGCUCCUAGACUGAAGUUCUUGACAGUGGACUGUGGUGGUGGUAAUCAACAUAGUUUAAGUCACUGUAUUAUCAAGGUCUCAACCAGAGAUCUUGUAUCACUAAGGUACUGUGAUGGUGUUGCCAUUGGCUAUUCACUGGAGAAUGCACACUCUAUGGUUGAUGCAUGUAUUCGCUUAUGCCCUACUCGCCAUGAACUGAGAGUAUUCUGGAACACAGAUGGUUACAGUGCAAUUAAUCUUCUUAAAGGGGUUUCUCAUGCAAAAGUUCUGAAGUUGUCUGGUAGGAACAGCAACACCAUUGAGAUUCUUUCUCCAUUGCAUGAUUUGUUAGAUCAUCUGCCCACCUUUUACAAUCUUAGAUCUUUGAAGCUGACCGCAGGGUGUUGCCCAAGGCAUCUUUCAGUUAUAACCUGCUUACUCCAAAGUGCUCCAAAUCUUGAAUACCUCAAAGUAAAAAUUGAUGAGGACAAGUCCAAAGGCCAGAAAUGUUGGGAACCAGAGAAAUUGGGUAUCAAUUGUCUCUGUGAUCAUCUCAAGGUGGUUGAACUCAAGGGUUUUGGGGGAAGGGAGAAUGAACUGGAGCUACUGAAAUUUUUGCUAGAAAAUGCAAAGAGUUUGGAGAAGAUAAUGCUUGUUGCUUCUGUAGAAUUGUCCGAUGAUUCUUGGAAGCAAGGAGAGGCUAAACAAAAGCUCCUAAGGUUUCCGCGAGCAUCAGAUCAUUGUGUAAUUGAGUUGAAAACCUUGAUGCGUGAACUUGAUUACUCCAAGCUGCCUAUUUGUCAGUAUGGUUUGUAUGGUCUGCAUCAGAAUUUCCUAUUAAUGCCUCUAAGGAGAAAGCCUUUCCUGUACGAUUUGGAUGAAUGGCGCCCAUUACCCAGGUAGCAUGGUACUGAUUCACA